GGUGAGGAUCUCACGAUCAAAUUACAUGAAGCCUGUUCUCUCGCGAUCCGUGUGUUCCCUGCCUGCUACUUUGCUCCUUCCUCGUACAACCACCUUUGCGACUCAGCAUAUCAACACUGUGACGAGAUCUUUCUUCAACUUUAGAAAAGUUACAUCAUCGCCUGCGACCAUGUCUUCUGCCACCUCCUUCCACGAGUUCAAGCCCCUCGACAAGAAGGGCAACGUCUAUGACCUGUCCAAGCUCAAGGGCAAGGUCGUCCUUGUCGUCAACACUGCCAGCAAGUGCGGCUUCACUCCUCAGUUCGAAGGCCUCGAGAAGCUCUACAAGGGUGCGCAAUCUUCACUCUCGCUUUACACACCCCUCCCCCUGACUUUUAUCUUCACCACAGACCUCAAGGCCGCCCACCCCAACGAUGUCGAGUUCCUCGGCUUUCCCUGCAACCAGUUCGGCUCUCAAGACCCCGGCUCCAACGACACAAUCCAAGAGUUCUGCCAACUCAACUACGGCGUCUCGUUCCCCGUCCUCGGCAAAACCGACGUCAACGGCGACAAGGCCGAGCCCGUCUUUGAGUGGAUGAAGGCCGAGCAGCCCGGUCUCAUGGGCUUGAAGAGAGUCAAGUGGAACUUUGAAAAGUUCUUGAUUGGCAAGGAUGGCAAGGUCAAGGGCAGAUGGGCCAGCACCACCAAGCCUGAGGCUCUGAAGGCGCCUAUUGAGGCUGCUUUGAAGGCU